CGCCCCGCGCCUCCAGCCCAGCGCUCGGAGCGGCUUUCGUUGCCACUGUCUGCUCCCUGGGGCCGCUGCCUGUCCAAGCCUGGGGUUCUGUCCGCUGGGCCGCUUGCCCCGAGGCAGGAAGACGAGUUCGAGGAGGAUGCCUGGGCCCGUCGCUCGCGGCCCCGGGUGAAGCAGGCCCGCGCCGGCCGGCGCCAUGGAAAGGAGCGGGAACCACAGUUGCCCCCCGCCGGCAUGCGCGCCUAUUGAGCCCCGCCGCAGGCAGCCCCCGGCCGCAGGUCCCCGAGUGACACUGGCGGCUCCUGGGAGCGUGGCGCGGCCCCGGGGCCACGCCGAGGAGCCCAGCGUCCUGUAAAGCUGCCGAGGACCUGCCGCUCGUGCCGCAGCCAUGGUGAUGUCCCAGGGCACCUACACGUUCCUCACGUGCUUCGCCGGCUUCUGGCUCAUCUGGGGUCUCAUCGUCCUGCUCUGCUGCUUCUGCAGCUUCCUGCGCCGCCGCCUUAAACGGCGCCAGGAGGAGCGACUGAGGGAGCAGAAUCUGCGUGCCCUGGAGCUGGAGCCCCUCGAGCUUGAGGGCAGCCUGGCUGGAAGUCCUCCGGGCCUGGCGCCGCCGCCGCCACCGCACCGCAGCCGUCUGGAGGCGCCUGUGCACGCGCACUCGCACGUGCACGUGCACCCACUGCUGCACCACGGGCCGGCGCAGCCGCACGCGCACCCGCACCCACACCAUCACGCACUGCCGCACCCACCGCCGCCGCACCUCUCCGUGCCGCCCCGGCCCUGGAGCUAUCCGCGCCAAGCGGAAUCGGACAUGUCUAAGCCGCCGUGCUACGAGGAGGCGGUGCUGAUGGCCGAGCCGCCACCGCCCUAUAGCGAGGUGCUCACGGACACUCGCGGCCUCUACCGCAAGAUCGUCACGCCCUUUCUGAGCCGCCGCGACAGCGCGGAGAAGCAGGAGCAGCCGCCUCCGAGUUACAAGCCUCUCUUCCUGGACCGGGGCUAUACCUCGGCGCUGCAUCUUCCCAGCGCCCCGCGGCCCGCCGCCCCCUGCCCUGCCCUCUGUCUGCAGGCGGACCGCAGCCGCCGGGUCUUCCCCAGCUGGACCGACUCAGAGCUCAGCAGCCGAGAGCCCCUGGAGCACGGAGCUUGGCGCCUGCCGGUCUCCAUCCCCUUGUUCGGGAGGACUACAGCCGUAUAGAGGGGCGCCCGGCGUCCCGAGCCCCACGGGCGAACUCCUAGCCUGACUGCGAGGCUUUUUAAAUGCUUCCCUUGGACUGCAGGGAGGGGUGGGGGGAGGGAGGGAUUUCUUACCCUGUUUGUUACAUUUUGAGGAUAAUAAAGGUGUGUGAUCUGCUUUGGUACAA